UAUAGUGAUACAGGCAUCCGUACGUCGCUGCGAUUUUGACGCAUACCUCGGAGCUCCAGUAUCAAACGCAACAUCACUAGCUACAAUAUAUGAUACAGAAAAUAUACAAUUAAUUGUUGUUGUUUUUAAACGGUGGUAGACAGAGCAAGUGAAACCGUAAAUAUCGAUAAAUAUUUACGGAUCGUCGUCGACGCCGCUUUGCAAGUGUGUGUCUUGUUAGCCAACGUUAGCUUAGCAAGGAUAGUUUGCAGGGUGGUAAAAUGGAGGAUGCAUUUAGGCCGUCGACGGAUCUCGAUGAUCCCCCAAAUAGUCGCUUGUUUCUCGUAACAAGUAAGUCCAUAACCGAGGACAUGAUCCGGGAGCAGUUUUCUCUUUAUGGAGAAAUUCAGGAUGUUUGGGUAGUCAAAGACAAGCAGACUAAGGAGUCAAAAGGAGUGUCCUUUGUGAAAUUUACUAAAUCGUCCGAGGCAUGUACGGCUAUGGAAGAAAUGCAUGGAAAAUGCUUGGUCGAAGGAACCAAACCAAUCAAGGUAUGUACUCUGUGGCUUUAGUGACUCUGCUCAUGUCAUUAACGCUAUUGUAGCCAGUGCUGUUUCGUGUGGUUUUCCGGCAGACUUUUGUAGUAUCCGGCUGGGUGAAGGAGUUAGGCCUACGUAUUGCUGCCUUUCAAAGUUCGGAAAGUGCAUUACAGAUUUCGUAAACUAAAAAAGGGAAAUGGGCGGAGGGAAAGAAAUUAAACCAGCAUCUAACCCUAGACAAAGAUAGUCUAUUAUAUUGACAAGAUGGUCGAUUGACCACUCUAACAAUGAAAAUGCAUGCCCUUAAAAUAGAACGCGGGAGGGGGGGGGGGAGGAGGCGAGAUCAGGUGGGACCAUUCUAGCCAAUGAGGGCAGAUACGCGUGUGAACAGGUCAUAGAGAUGGAGGACUCCUCUUUGUAUCUGUGCCAUUAUAGCGUCUGUAACAGCAUGGGCAGCGCCAUUGAGGCCAUCUCUAUUUUAAAGUACUCAAUUUUCUUCUUCAUUGGCGGAUUGCUCCCAACUCAUAGGAAUUCCCACCCAGUUGACUACUUUAAAAUGGCGGAAGCUGUCAAUGUCCAUGUUAAAACGGGUUAUAGCCAUGAUGAGUCCUAUAUCUAUCUCUAUGACAACAGGCACAACUCCGAUAUAUAAAGUAUUUUUUUCCCCAAAGUUGCUGAAAUACCAUUUGCGACCAGAAGGACCGUCUGGGUCUCCUCAGUCUUGCGCUCGCCACCUGGUGGCGUGCCUGACAGACACCCAGUUAUCACUCAUUUCAGCGGAGCUCUGCUCUGGAGAUCAAAGCAGGACACAGCUCUCGUCCCGAUGCAUGUAACGCAUUGUGCAACGCCAGGGUUGUGGGUUUGAACCCCAUUGGGGACCAUUGCGGGGGAAAAAGUAUGAACAUGUAUGCACUCACUACUGUAAGUCGCUCUGGAUAAGAGCGUCUGCUAAAAUGACAAAAAUGUAUCAUAAAAAAAAGGUUACAUGCCCUUUGUCUCACGUCAUAUCGCCAUCCGCCAUCUUACCCUCCUGUAGCCAGUGCUGCUCCUGCUAGUCUUUUUUUAUGGCGCUAAGUUUUCUUCUCUUCUGCCAGGUAUUUAUUGCCCAGGCGAGGUCUUCCGGAAGCCACCGAGAUGUGGAGGAUGAGGAGCUCACCAGAAUAUUUGUGAUGAUUCCCAAAACCUUUACAGAGGAUGACUUGAAAGAUACAUUCAAGGUACUUGCAUCACCCUCCAUCGUAUUGCAUUUGGCUGAUAUAAAAAACUGUAUUGGAAUAGCCUAUGCUUAUCCACUCAUUUGUUCUUGCAGGAAUAUGGUGACAUUGAAUAUUGCAUCAUCGUAAAGAAUAAAACUACAGGAGAAAGUAAGGGCCUGGGGUAUGUAAGAUAUCACAAACCCUCACAGGCAGCCACCGCCAUAGAGAACUGUGAGAAGAGUAAGUUGUCUCUUUUUGUUCAUGUACAGAUCUGUGAACUCCCAAACUGUCAAUCUAUCAAAGUAAUCCAUGUCUGUGUAAUUUUGUUUACAACAGCAUAUAGGGCCAUUCUUGCAGAGCCGAGGAACAAAACGCCAGCCCCAGACAACGACUACUUUAGCCCUGCCAGAGCUGAGCAUGUCCAGGGUGACCCAGGAAUGACUUCCUAUCCAUUUGGUAUGUACCUGCCGUUUGUGUGAUUAGGCCUGCCAUUUCUAUAGACCCAUGAUUGUUUUCCCCCAAAUGCUAAGAAAUUCUUGUUUCCUCCCGUUGAAGUGGACUCCGGUUUUCAUACCAGGGGAGACAUGCGGGGCACAGACAUUAUCACCAGGUGCUUAAUGAUGUCAUCCCGGGCGAGCGUCACACAAGAUCAAGUCUAUAGCCUCUUUGACCUGAUCCCAGGGAUGGAUUAUUGCGAGAUGCAGCAGGAUUCAUAUGGUUUCAGCACAGGUAGCCACAAAACACAGUUAUUCCCUCAGAUGCAGCACCUGACGUAUUGCGUAGGAAUUGGUGGCUAGUAUUUUUAUUUAUUUUUUCCCUUUCAGGACAAGCUAUGAUUCGCUACAACAACCUUGGAUCAGCUGUCUAUGCUAAAAACAAACUGGAUGGGUUUGAGUACCCACCUGGGAACCGGCUAGUAGUCACUCACGUCGAUGAUGGGCAGGACAGAAGAAGGUAAGAUGAUUUGUAGCUUCAUGGUAGACUACACGUGGUGUUAGGUCCUUAUUUACCCUCUUGUUGUGUGUCCAGCCCCGUGGGAAGGAUGGCCAUGCAGCUAGUGGCAGCCCAGAUGAUGUCUAUCGUAUGCAAUGCUCCUUCUGCACCACCACUUAGGAAGACGAGCGCUGUAAGUUACUGACUUGGUAGAGCUAAUCAAAGAUAUAUAUUAUGAAGAUUUUUUAAAAACUACUACAUGAUGAUUGAACUUCUAACAAACGUUACGACAUGUCUUUGUCAGGGCUAUCCACCACCCGCUGUUCCCCAGAGCCCCCGGGUACAGACAGAUGUUGCCCUCCCACCUCUCCAGAAGUUGGCCCCCUCCGACAGCCGGGUGAAAGAACGCCUAUUUGUGGUCUUUAAACCUUUGCCUCUGCCCAUGGAUGUGCUUGAAGAUGUGUUCUGGUAUGAGAUACUUCCCAUUCUUUUCAUCAAUACACUGUUUAUUAACAUGUAUUACUGAUAAUCAACAGCUUAUAAAAUACUUUUAAGUUGUUUAAAGUUUUCAUGUGUUGUAAUGUGUUACCGAUUCGCUUUUGAACUUUGGGCUGGAUCGAUAGUUGCGAUCUUGUGUAAAUAAUGAUGACUGGGAAAAAGGUAAACAUUUCUGUAAAUCACAGCUAUCCCCCCCCCCAUCUCUGUUUCUAUAGCCGUUUUGGCUCUCUGGUUGAGGUUUUCCUUGUGCCUGGACGGAAUGUGGGCUACAUGAAGUACGCAGAGAGAAAGAGUGCAGAUGAUGCCAUGGCGACACUGCAUGGUCAAAUGGUGAACGGCGUUAAAAUGAAGGUGAUGCGGGCUGACCCGCCCAAAGAGGAGUCUCACAAACGUCAACGCACCUAUUAGAGGGACACAGGACAAGGUAAGUGGCUCCAAGGGUUACCAAGGGUUAAGAGUAAAUUCCGUAGCGAUCGAUGACAGCGAGCGUCCACAAGCUGCUUUUUCUCGUUGUACUUACUUGAAUUGCCAGAGACGUAUGUUGAGUUGCCACCAGACAUAAGGUAAGUACAUAGCAGGACUAAACAAUAAACGUUUUUUUUUCUUUUUUCUUCUUAACCUGACUAUGGGCAACACGUUAGGAGAGACCAACACAGUUUAAUGCAUAUUUAUAGUGCUGAUGUUUUUGUUCCUACAGAGAUGACCUAAGUGACAUGACCUCCAACAUGACUGAACCGACAUAAACGAUGACAGGACCAAAUUACGACCACACUACGGACAGUGAUCUCUGUACCUUACUUUGAUGUUUCGUUGUACUAACGCUGAAGGUGACGACAGUGGUGGUUCUUUUUUUGGUGUUUCCUUUUCUCAUUAAAUUGAUAUUUUGAUGUUAAGGAAUAAAGUUUGAAUCAGCAUUGGACCUAAUAUGUUCUCAAUAAAAAAACAAUAAAAAACAA